GCCUCCUCACUACAGCCGACACUACUCAGCACCGCAGUCACAGCAGCAUCUCAUGCCUUCACCUGCUCCGGGAUAGACAGCCGUCCAUCUGUCCACCUAUCCAUCUGUCCCUCCGUCCAUCGGUCUAGUAAAGCAGUCAGGAAGGUGGAAGCCUGAAGCGCCCAGGUGAAGAUGCUGGAAAACGGGAGGAAGGUGUUCAAGGAGGGUCUGCUAGAGAAGCGGAGCGACGGGCUGCUGCAGCUCUGGAAGAAGAAGCACUGCGUCCUGACCGAGGACGGCGUGCUGCUGCUGCCGCCCAAGCAGCACGACCACCCGCAGCACCAUCAGCCGCACCACGGCGGCGGGGACACGGGCAAAGUCAAGGAGCUGCACUUCGCCAACAUGAAGACGGUGGACUGCGUGGAGCGGAAAGGCAAGUACGUCUACUUCACGGUGGUCAUGACCGAGGGGAAGGAGAUCGACUUCAGGUGCCCGCAGGACGAGGGCUGGAACGCGGAGAUCACCUUGCAGAUGGUCCAGUACAAGAACCGGCAGGCGAUCCUGGCCGUCAAGUCCACCCGGCAGAAGCAGCAGCUGCUCGUCGUGCAGAUGCCCGGUCAGAAGACGGUCCGCAGCUCGCCAAACGUUGCGUGACCUGCGGCGAGUCCCGCGGACAUUGGUGCGCCAUUAGCGGUUAAUUGGACACUCAGCUGGAGGAUGAAUAUCGACCCGGGCUGCAUCUUCCCCCGCCGCUUCGCCAUCGAGCUCCAUUCUCCAGGAGAAUCCCUCUUCCAUGUAGUGGUUUCCACAGCCCAGUGCCCCGUCCCUUUUCAAUACAGACACUUAUUUCACAAAAGACUGAUGGACAAAAAGCAUGUGAGAAAACAGCUGUAUUCUACCGUGCGAUGGGUUUAUCCCUUAUUUAUUAGAUGUGUAUAUAUCUUUUCUAUUAAAAAAAAAAAAAGUGUUAUGUUGUUGAUGAAUGUUCAGUGUGGUUGUUGAUAGAGCGGAACAGGAAAUGCUUGCUCGGAGGUUCACAGCCUACAUAUCACCCAUCGCGUCCGCUGGGAAUAAGCUUUCAUGUGUAGUCAUCUUAGGACGGUUGCUGUAGGUUAGUCGAAUCAUUUCCUUAUUGGUGACAUGUGUCCCAUGUUUUCAUUUUCCAACUGAACCAAAGAAUCAUUUCAUUGCAUUUCACUCUCUUGUGCAGUGUUACACCUCAGAAUAUACUCUACGAAAACACUAUAGAUACUGUAUAUGAUGAGAUACCUGCUCGACAUAUACAUGAGUUGUUUUAAGUGCUUGAUUUAUGAAUGAGUAUUUUCACCGUGUACAUCAGUCACUCUCCAUCAUUUUAUUUGGCUUUAUCAAAAGCUAUCUGUUGCUUUCUCGUGAGUCUUAAAUCAGAGUGAGAUCCAUGCUUAGGACCCUCAGCUUGCUUUCAGUGGUUACAGAGAAGAGCUUAGUUGUACUAAGUAACAUGCACAGUGGAGUUUUUGUCAUACUGCUGCAAGGUUUUUACAUCCUCUCUAUCUCUCAGAAAACGAUGACUCGUGUCGUUGUGUAGAGUUCCAUUCUCCAGUAGUGUGUAAUGUCCCUUGGCUUCAAAAUGGCAAAGACCGAAAAGUUUUGUGGACAAAAUAAACAUGUUUCCGGUAGUUAGCUAGCUGCUGAUCUUCCAAUAUCAUGAACACAGUGGACUUUGUGUUUUGACUUGAAAUGCUACAAGGCAAUUCAAGCUUGUCAAAUAGCUAAAUUAACUUUUGCUAAACCCACUGAUCCAUUUGCUAAAUCAUGAAACUCUCUCUCUGAUCUGCAAGGUGCGUAUUUUAAGGCAUGAAGUGAUUUUCAUGAGAAAAUAACAGGCCAAACAAUAUGAUUGUUGUAAAAUGUCAGAAGGUGGUGAUACACAGGCCAACGUUUAGUGGGACGUGACAGCUAACUGUCAGAAAUUGCCUCGGUGUUGUACAGUUCAUGAUGGAGGGUUGUCUUUCUGUCAGGAAACAUUUCAUUUCACUGUGGAUCAUGUUGUUUCCUGUUUGCUGGAAGCGUUUCCCACUGCUUUCCCCUCUCGCCAGAGUAUCGCCGCCAAACCAACACAUGCCUCUGUGUUGCUGUCAUCUCCCACACAGGGUAAUAGCUGUGCCCUUUAUCUAAUGCAACUGGUGUGAUGCUUCUCUGACAUACCUUCCUGUUGCCAUCAUUACACGCACACACACACACACACAGUUAUAGCUGCGCCCUUUGUAGCCACUGUCCAAUUUCUUAUUUCAACGUGAGAUCUAUUUUCAUACCUUGAAAAGAUACAUUC